CCUCGGGACCACGUGACACGUCGACGGGGUGGGUUUUCUUUGUACGUGCAUGCAUAGGGAAUGAAGCACAGCCGAAAGAAGUAUAUUUCAUGGGGAAAAUGCUACUAUAACGACCAGUUUUUUGACAGUGAAUCGCGCCGGAAGGAUGGACGACGAGCAUGGGGAACCGAAAAGACCGUUGGAACUUAGAUUACACAGCCCAGCUGGAGCAGAUCCGGCGAUCUAUACCUGGCCACUCCAACACACGGACAAAAGCGAUGGGGCAAAUGAGAUCGUUGACACAAUCAAAUGGGUUUGCGAUGAUAUUCCUGAAAUGAUGGUUGCCAUGCAGAAAAAUGUACUCAAUGACUUUGACACAAAAAGUUUUGAGAGCAUGCACACACUAUGCGAGAAGUACAACAGAGCCAUUGAUGCAGUCAGACAGCUGUGGCAAGGGACAACAUGCAUCGAGCGGCCGGUCAAAGCAUGGACGACCCGGGGUCAUCUCAAACACAUCAUGCAACAGGUCUACAGCCACGCUAUCGACGAUCCUGACAGGCUGAAUGCGUACGAACCAUUCUCACCAGAGGUCUAUGGGGAGACGUCCUUUGAUCUUGUGGCACAGAUGCUGGAACACGUUCAGAUAUCAACUGAUGACUUGUUCAUCGACCUUGGAAGUGGUGUCGGUCAGGUGGUCUUACAAGUAGCGGCGUCGGUGAAGUGCAAAGUAACCUAUGGCAUAGAGAAGGCAGACGUCCCUGCUGCAUAUGGCAAGGUCAUGAUGAGAGAAUUUGAGCGUUGGAUGAAGUGGUACGGCAAGGAGUACAGUCCUUUUGAGCUCCACAAAGGCGACUUCCUAUCAGGAGAGAUGAAGGAAAAGAUCUCAGUUGCAAACAUUAUCUUUGUAAACAACUUCGCGUUCGGCCCAACUGUCGACCACAAGUUGAAGGAGCGUUUUGCCAACAUGAAGGAAGGAGCCAAGAUCGUCUCAUCCAAAGCGUUCUGUCCCCUCAAUUUUAGGAUCACGGAUAGAAAUUUAAGUGAUAUCGGGAGCAUCAUGCACGUGGUGGAGCUGUCGCCUCUAAGAGGUUCGGUAUCCUGGACCGGCAAACCUGUAUCCUACUACCUCCAUACCAUAGAUAGAACCUUGCUCGAGAAGUAUUUCCAGCGGUUAAAAGAUCCUAAACUCAGGGAAGAAGAAUAUCAAAACUGGAAGAACAGAAACCGGCGAGGCGUUGAGUACAGCGCCAUCAAGAAUCUGGACUUCAGUCGGAACUCCAGCGAUAGUGAGUCAGUGGUGGUGGUCGGUCCCACGACCAGACGCAAAUGGACCGAGUGGAUCGCCAAGGACAACAGCAAGGAAAACAUGGAUAAGAACUCGGACGAUAAGGCCUCAGAGAGCUCAGAGCCAGGAAAACGGAGACGGAAAUUGAAAAGGACACAGAGUCGGGAAGUGGAGGAGAAGACCAAACGCAAAAGAGGGCGCCCUCCCAAGUCGGUCAAGAGCCAGGACGAGAACAACGUCACCAAGAAGCAGUCGGCAGUCUUGGGUCUUGAAGCCCUCCACCAACACACCGUGUCGCUGAGCCAGUCACCGCCUGACAAGAAAGAUUCGAGACAGAUCCACAACGCGCAGUUCAACCUUCCCAGCAUGGUCACGUCCAAGAAAAAGUUGAAGACGAGUCCCACAACACUGAGCACCAAACAGCAACACAACGUGGAGAAAUCGCUGGACAGACUACUAGAGUCCUACAAGCAACAGAUGUUGGACUUCGUCACCUACAUGAGAAGUCCCGACUACCUGCAUUUGCUGCACGUGCAACUGGAUCAAGAAAGGGUACGUCAGAUGCGAAAGGACCAGCUCGACGCCAGACAAGAACAGCUGGAAAAGCAGAUUGAACAUUUGCGUUACGACAGCAUGAAAAUGCUGAAUGUUCGACUGGACGAGCUUGGAAUCGAAGCUAAGACCCCAUCGGAGCUGGUGGAGAAGUCGAAGGAGAUCGUUGGCAAGCAUCGAGAGCUGCAGCUGCAGUGUGAGGCACUGCAACACCAGAUCCAGUCAAUAGAGGACGCUAAUGACAAAGUGGUACGCGAGAGCCAGCAGGACGUCUUGAGUCACUCCAACCCGACGUCGCUCAUCACGGAGCAGAUCAUCCAGGAGUACAAUCAACAGAAGCAUCUACGCAAGGAGCUGGAGAAGCUAGAGUCUGAGGUCCAUAAAUUGGAGAAAAUGUCAUCAACUCAAGGUGAUGACCAUCUUGCCAAUCAGGGGAGACGUUCUGCCAAGCGUACUUCCGGAAGCCCAGUGGGCCUUGCCAAUGGAAGCUUAGAGCACCGUCGUAAUAAUUCUCUGAGUCCUGCCCGCUCCAAGGGGAUCAGUUCCAACAGCCCGUCCCCAACAGCUCUGGUCACCAAAGUGUUGCCUCCUAAUCUCUCGCCCCGGUCUGCUGCCCUCGCUGCCGGCAUGCACGACUACACGCACCUGUCGCCAGGGAAAGCUGCGCUUCAUCGGAGACUCUCUGGCUACGACAACAAAGACAUGGCCGGGAAGCCCGUUGCGACCCAAGGCGCGACCGACAAAGAAUCUAUGCUGAACGGUGAAGCGAAGGAAAAGAGCAAAAGUGGGAAGGAGAGAGUUCAAGGAGGCUUUGCAAUCUUGGCUGGGCUCCAGGCACAGCCAUCCUCUGCGCUAGUGGGCUCGGCACAGAUACCGACGUCAAGAACAACCAGCGGUUUGGAAACGGCGAAAGAUGGUAACCUGAUAAACAAAGGCUUGGUGAAUCCGAACAUUGUGCUGAAAGGGUCCAAAAAGCCAUUUGACGUCCCCCAUCAGGACAUGACCCAGAUCAUACCCCCUCUGUCUGCUGCCCAACCCCUGGUCACCUCCGUCAUCACCUCUGUUGGGUUGGUGGGAGCCCUCCCCCAGGCCCCAAUAACUGUCCAAACCCCACUUACAACCCAGACUACGCCCCAGAUGACCCUCAUCAGCCCCCUGGACAUCAAACACCGCGGCAUCUUCAACAUGCUUGCCGCUCACCCGGUCAGCAAAGUCAAGGAGGCCAGUGUGGCCUCGCUAGAUGCCCCUCUAAGCCCCCAAAAUGUCACCCUGUACCCUAGCGAACCUGCUAGCACGCCCACCCCCAUGAGCAGUACUGUAACCGUUACUACCUCACAGAGCAAUGCAACCGUGUCUACAAAGGCCAAGUCCAAUCCAGCCCCCCUCUCCAACUUCUUGCCGGAAGCUGCUGCGGAGAAACCAAAGCCACCCUCUGCGACAUCAGAUCCAUCCGCAAGCCUGCCAGCAGCUGUGAAAGCCUUACCAGUUGUAACAAUGGCAGCCACGAUCCUGUCCCAGCCUCCGCCAAUCAGGUCCAAGAAGGGUCGAAAGCGGUCGGCAACGACGGCAGCAGACGCCCAUCUGCCGGCUAAGAUGGCUUCGGUGGUCCGACAGGGGAGCCUGGAGUCGCAGGAUAGCAUCCUGACCAUGCUGACAAACGUGAACCAGCCGCUGCGCAUCAGUGCCAUUCCCUCCCCAGAGGGUAAGAUGUCCUCCUUGGACCGUUCCACAGGGAGGGAAUCACAGAGGGGAAGAGCCAAGUCUACAGCCAGGUCUGCUCUUAAGAACAAAUUGUGCAAGGCAACUGCUGCUGAGCCUAAAGUUACGUCAGUUGCUGUCAGGGCUGUGUGUAAAACUCCGGACCCAACAAAGGAACAGAGCAAUGAAACAGACAGACUGCCUUCGCCUGUUUCACCUGAGCCAGCCAGGCCAAAGGUCAAGGAGUCCCCCAACACCAAGAAGCUUCAGGCCAAGAUCAGCAGUGGCUUUGAUGCCUUGGCAGCCUUCGCCUCAACUGAGCUGGAUCGCAGCAAGCAGAUCCGCCGUCAGAGCGCCGGCAACAGCCCCGAGAACCAAGGCCGUCGGGAUGCCUCCAAGAGUCCCAUAGGUGCCGGGGGUCGCUCUCCUCAUGUGCCCCAGGUGGCUAGUCCCGAAGGCACUCUGGAGGGCUACAAGACCCCUAAGAAGAGUUCAGCUGUUUCGUUUGACACCCAGAAGAAAGGGUCUACCCCGAUGAUCGCCGUGACCUCACCGGUUGGGGCAAUAGGCAGCGGCAGCACGCCGCAACAGAAUAAUGCUGCAUCCAACACAGAUCAAAGUGCCAAUAUGCAAUCUCUACCACAUGCUGCAGAUGGUGUGCGGUUCGGCGAGACUGAGCACCAUCUUAUAUCGGAGGAUGAGGACGAUGUCCACAUCGACGUAGAGGAGACGGACUCUGUCCAUGAGCUACUGAAGCCACGCACUCCUGGAUGGAGACGGAUGGCGGACGAAGAGGCUCUCCGAUACGUAGACGAUGAGAAGGAGGAGGAGCCUCCCCGCCAACCGGACAAACCCAGCAAUCCCUCCAACAAGGCUGGCACAAACACAAACCCUCAGCCAGCAUCGGUUACUCCAUCAGCACCACCAAAGACCCAGCAAGGCUUUGUCGCGAGUGUUGCAUCCACUCAGGCCCAAGUGCCUUCGCAGGCAUCAACAACAAACCAUGGGGUGAGCAACCCUGCCCCCAGUCAAGCUCCUAGCUACAACCAGAACAGAGCGUAUGUUGUGCCAACAGUCUCCCAGCCCCAGGCAGGGGGGUUGAUUGGAUCUGUGUCCGGUCAAGGUGUACCUCCCAUUAACCAGGUCCAGAGUACAGGAUCUAAAUACCAAGGAACAAGGAAUGGUGUACCUGUCACAACACCACAGCAGGGCCUGAGCCAGGUGACCACUAUUCCUCCAAAGCCUGCCCCGACAACCAAGCCCAGUGCCACUUUGCCCCUUAUUAGCCGUUCACUGGCCACAAUCACGACUGUCGCCGAUCCAUUAAGCAUAUCCAACUCGAUCGCAAACAGUACCAUGGAGGUUGCACCUGCGGACCAGUUCCACAAGAAGUUCUCCCGGAAGGAAGGCCGGAAGUUCGGGAAGCUGUGGCUGCAGCAUCAGCUAAACCCCACCAACGACCCGAAGAUAAACACCUCAGGUCCGGCCCAGGGAAAAACAGCAGACAAUUUUGUGGCUGGAGUAGGCGACUACCAGCAGAUGGAGGACAAGUGGCGGAAACUGCACCAUCCCAACUCUUACAAUUUGCAAUCAAACAUGAACCCGAGGUCAUCUGCUGGCCUUCUGAACCAGGCGCCUACCUUGUCACACUACACGCCUGUCUCCAACUCCUCCAAGCUGUCGCCCUAUUCUGUGCCAAGCCAGCAACCUGGAUACACCAACAUGUCUGCCUCCAACCAGAAGCUCUCCCAUCCCCGGCUGGUAGGGGAUGGCCAGGGGAGCAACAAGCAGUACUCCAACUGGGACGGACGCUCCACCACAGACACAAGCAGCAUCUCCCCAACCGGUGCCUCCUGCCAACGCAGCAGGCAAGACACCAGGAGUGGAUACCCUACCGGGAUCACCACCAACACCCCUUACAUUGAACUCAAAUCACAGCAUCAGCGAAACGGACCCUCUCAGGGACCUGCUGGACCCUUUAAAGGUGCUGGAGAUGCAAACGCUGCACCCAAAUCCAAACAUAUGGGUGUGUACAAGCCCAAAGAUGCAGGCACCUCAGCGAAAUCCUGCAAUCAGGCCAACGCGACCGCCAGUUACCUCAACAAUGCCUCGCUUUUUUCCAACGCCCCCCACUACAGUAACUCACUGCCAAAAACUGGGCACGCGGUCCCUCACAGUGCCCAGGCGGCCCCGUAUAACCAUUCCCAAAGUCUUCCAAAUCGGGGCGUUGGGGUACCUCUACAAUCGCCGCGGUCCAGUUACAACCACCACACUCCUUCCCCGACCUCUCCGAACCGUUUUCGUCCCCCGUAUCCAAGCCCCACGCACCAGAACAGAGUGAUGUCGCAGGGGACAACGCCCCCCUUGGCCUCACCCACAGAACAGCCGCCUCCUCCCCCGCCUCCGCCCCCUAGGGGUGAAGACCUUGAGCCCCCUCCCCCACCCCCCGGCAGGCCAUUGCCGCCUAGGAUUAACACUAUGCGUCCAGGCAUGGCCAUGUCACCAGGCUUUCCCAUGCUGGCACCUUACGGCAUCCCAGCCAGGCCCGAGAUGGCAAUGCCCGCGUAUCUCCACUCCUCCUAUCCUCAUCCACACCCACAGGCCAAUCUGUCGGGAUUCACCACACCCAAUGCCACGCCCGGUUACAUCAUGCAGUAUGGCACCACGCCCAGAUAAAUGAACCAGGUCAGUCCAUAAGCAAGUACAGAAUAUGACAAAAAAACGACGUAAAGACACCAACACUUCAAGCCAGUCAACAGAGCCAGCUUCGAACCCUGCGCAGGGAGUGAGGUACAGUUUUGAUUGGCUCACAAUAUACAGCCUCAAAUCUGAUUGGUCAGUCAACUAUCUCCUAAUUAACAUAUUAUUAUGCACUGUCUAUUGGUUGCAAUUGACGACCAUUAUACCCAACUACACUCAAUUUUUGAUAUAAUGUGUGUUUAAACAAAAAAAUGCAUAUAUGCGCAUAAUAUCCUUCCACAGUUUUUAUAAACCUGGAUGUUUACAUUUAGGUAUGCAUAAUUAAAGUAAAUACAAAUAAUAUUACAAAAAAACUACUGCCAAAUAGUAUACCACUAUUUUACUGAUGCGAAGUGUUGCCAGAGAUGAUACGAUGUAUAGAAGUAGAUGAAAAUUAUAGAGUAGAGAGUUAGGGUAUAUUUUUCUGUCGUGUUGAUGUCUUGGAAAUGGAUCUAUCACUACAUGUAGCAUAGAUUCCUAUUUUGCGCAGUGUGAUGUGUUCUGGGUACUGUUGGAAUCGUUGAAUAUUUCUCCUAAGUCUUCCUUAAAAAAAAGGCGCUCCGUGCGCAAAAGAGAGAGGGCGCUCUAUUUACCACAUUCGCGAGCACUGUGGACGUGACACACCGCGUGCGAGUACUAGUUCGCCAUUUCGGUAUCUUGUUGAAGUAUUCCGGGUCAAAGGUCAUUCAGGAUAAAAUCGCUGACGUGAUGUUGUGCAAACAUCCAGUCGGCUAGUUCAUUUGUAAUUAACGAGCGCGCGACCGUCUCCUUGCGCGUUAGGUUAUCCUGAGUGACAUUUGUGCACAUGCGCAGUUGAAAUACCGAACUGGUUUAUUGCAUAUGCAGCGCACCCAGAACCGCCACACUGCAAAACCAUAUAGUUUAGAAGAUUGCUCUAUUCUUUUCACAUAGCCUCAUGCACUUGGCAUGUUAUCAACUGAAAAAAAAUAUCACUGCCAACAGACAUUUCUAGCAAACACUUAGUUCAGGGGCUUCACAGAGAGAACUUCUAAUUAAAGUAAAUAUCAAAAAAAUAUUUUUGUGAACAGAAUUAAAAAGAAAGAAUAUAUAGGAAUGUAGAUUAAUUCUAUAA